AGUUUCGAUUUUGUCCGAACUGUGCUCUGUACCUUUGUCCGCCACAUCUCCGUAUUAAUAAAUAAAUUAUGUUAAUUAAGUUAUUCGAACGGAUGGUUAACGUCAGUCAGUAUCAGCAUAGUGUGGCAAUAACUUUGUUUAUAGUGAGUCUUUGUGGUUACAAAUGAACAUUCCGAUCGACUUUACCUUCGUAUUAAUUUAAUCAUUGACCAGGCGAAAGUCCAAUGAUCAACACCAUUAUUUUAUUAUCGCUGUGUUUCCGUUUCGGGACCACUUAUCCCAAGGAAUUCGCGCGAAGAUGCGGCCACGUCCACCUGACAAUCUCAGCGUCCCAAGACACGAAUUUAGAACUCAACUGGAUCACUGAUUGCACUCCUCCUGAUAACAUCAGGCCAGAUUACAUCGCCUUGUACCAUUACAAUUUAAAAGACCGAAGCGAGGAAACGCCGCCACUCGUCAAAAUACGCGCCUCUGACCAUCCCUCGGGAUACUACAAGACCAAAAUCAAGUUCGGCCAGCCCUGGCUGCCCGGGAACUGGGAAUACAGGGACAGUCUGACCCGAGCCGACCAAGGCCCGCAUUGCUAUCCCUACUGGAUCGCGUCAAUUAAAGGGAACGAUAUCAUUGAUACCAGAUGUCUGGGGAUACAACCAACCUGGAUGAAUGAUAAUAGGAUGCAAAUUGGGACUCAAAAAAUCGGCAACCUGUUCAUUCCAGGGACUCACAACUCGGGCGCCUACGUGGGCGUGCCAAAAAUUUUGGAAAACUAUAUUCUGAACCAAGAUCGCAGCAUCUGGACCCAAUUGGUGCAUGGAAUCCGUUACCUCGACUUACGAAUCGGCUAUUACGAAAAUGACGGUUUUUACGUGAACCACGACCUCGUCCGGAUAACUAAAGUGGUCCAGAUUUUUAAAGAGAUCAGGAAGUUCGUCCAACUUGCGCCCAAAGAAAUCAUAGUCGUUGAUUUCCACCGUUUUCCCUACCCUUCAAACUUCAACUCGACUUUGCACGAAAAAUUCGUAUCCCUGGUGUAUGACUAUUUGGGCGACUUGGCCCUGCCUCCUGGCGGGCUCCAGGUGGGCAAAGGGCCAACGCUGAACGAGAUCUGGGCCCAGAACAAGAACGUGAUCAUUUGCUACGCCGAUAAGGCCAUAGCCCGAGAAAAUUACUGGUUGUGGCAACCCUUGUACCAGCACUGGGCCAAUACGAAAAACGUGGACACGUUGAAGAGUUUCCUCUCGCGGGCCAUCAAAGAACACAGAGUGACCCUAAACCCGAUGUUCGCCCUCAUGGCUGAACUGACCCCCCAACCCAUCGAUCUGUUCUUCCGCACUAACAACCUGCGGAAGCUUGCCAACGACGUUAACCGGAAGGUUACGGUUUGGUUUCGCGAUGAGUGGGCCAGGGAUGUUAAUAUAGUGGCGACCGACUAUUUUUUGGGCAACGAUAUUAUAAACGUGGCCAUUGAGGCGAACAACAACCGGUAGGACGGUGGGAGAGGGAUCCGAGCUCAGGGAGUGGAGGCGAGAAUAUCUAUCCAACUUAAUCCUCUUUUGUAAUCCAAUAAAACGCGUUUUUAAAUUA